AUGCCAAUCGAACUAGGCCUAACAAGAAUUACCAGAUUGUUGUCUCAUCUAGGGAACCCGCACUUAGCGUAUAAGUCUGUUCACAUUGCUGGCACAAAUGGGAAGGGUUCCACGCUUGCAUAUCUCUCGUCCAUCCUUACCAAAGCGAAGAUCCGCAAUGGCCGUUUUACCUCGCCGCAUCUUUUGGAGUAUAAUGACUGCAUUUCCAUAAACAACCAAACAUACCCAUCGACGAAGUUUGAAGAAAUACGAGAAUUUGUCAGUCUGCAAAACAACAGCUUACAAUUGGGAUGUACAGAAUUUGAAUUAUUGACUGCUACAGCAUUCAAGAUCUUUGAGCUUGAAAAGGUUGAAAUGGCACUAAUUGAAGUUGGAUUGGGAGGACGUUUGGACGCAACUAAUGUUUUAAAGCCAUUUACCUCUGACACUAGCGAUUACAUGGGGGGCGUCGUUGCUACAGGUAUCACUAAGAUAGGUUUAGACCACGAAAAACUUUUAGGUAGCACACUCAAGGAAAUCGCUAAAGAGAAGGCGGGGAUUAUAAAGAUGAAUAUUCCUGUUAUAGUGGAUGAAACAAAUCACGAGGAGGUUAGGUCAGUCAUCAAGCAAAAAGCUCAAGAGGAGCACGCACCACUAUAUUUUGUGAAAGCUUCUUCGGAUCCCCGGAUUCAUAAACUUGUUCGCAUGUCCCCACUCAAAGGCUCCUUUCAAGAACAGAACUUGGCCGUUGCAUUGAAUGUGCUCGAAAAUUUAGGACAAGAAAUAAAGGAAAAGCUCACCGAAGGUAUAAUCGAAGAGGGGAUCCAAAAUACAACUUGGCCAGGCAGGUUACAAACCAUAAAAGACCCUAAGACAGGUAUUGAGGCGUUACUUGAUGGGGCACAUAAUGAAAGUGCAGCCAUUGAACUCGGAAAAUAUGUCGAAAAGAUGCUGAACCGAGAUAAAGGAAUUAUAUUUGUAAUAGCAUUAACUGAGGGAAAAUCUAUUCAAAACUUAUUGAAACACUUGUCAUUGGGGUCAGCAGAUACAGUCAUACCUUUCCAUUUCACCCCUCCAGCAGAUAUGCCUUGGGUAAAAUGUUACGAGGAACAGAAAAUUAGUGAUUGUGCAACUAACUUUUUAAGUGACGUUCGCCAAUGUAAAGGGUCUGUUCAUGAAUUAUUCCUCAAUAUGAAAGAAUUGAGACGGGGAGGAGAUACGAGGCCUAUUGUGAUCUGUGGCAGUCUCUACCUCUGUUCCGACAUGUUGCGCUACUUGCGGCCAUAA